UCUCUACUGUAAUAUAAAUGGCUUACAAUUGAAUGCAUUGAAUGUUGAAAAUGAUUGCAUUGAUUGCACACACAAUAGAUUUCAUACACAUUAUGAUUGACAUUAUGUUUAUGUUUUGAUCCAUUGUUGACAUGUCUUGAGAUUAAUUAGAGUUGUGUUUCAAUGAUAGGUUCACAACAUGACUGACCAAAGAGACAAUGAUUGCAUUUGUCUUAAAUAUAAGUGUCAUAAGUCAUCAUCCAUUGGUUUGACCACUGAUUACAUUCACAUUAAAUGCAUUUAUUUAUUAGUCAUACUAUGUAUUCACAUCACCAUAACAUCAGGAGUAAGUCGUCCGACAUAUCUAUUGUUUGCUAAUCGCAAAGACAUUCGUCUAUUGAAUUCCGACAAUCAAAGACCAAAUGCAUCGGUGAUAAUGAAUCACUUGGAAGAAGCGGCGGCUCUCGACUAUUAUUUCAAAGAUAGCAUUAUAUUCUGGGCAGACAUCGGACUGGAAAUGAUUAAAGGAAUCAAAAUUAAUGGCAGUCUUAGUCAAGACAAGGCGUUCACAAUAAUCCAAUCGGGAAUCGUAUCACCCGAUGGUUUGGCCUGUGAUUGGCUCACGAAGAAGUUGUAUUGGACUGACUCUGAGACUAAUCGUAUAGAAGUGAGUGAUUUCGAUGGCGUCAAUCGUAAAGUACUCUUCUGGAAGGACUUGGAUCAGCCCAGAGCUAUAGCACUUUCACCUAAAGAUGGUUUAAUGUUUUGGACGGAUUGGGGAGAAAUGCCAAAAAUAGAAAGAUCUUCAAUGGAUGGCGAGUCCAUCACACGGACUGUUCUCGUUAAAGACAACAUCCUUUGGCCAAAUGGUUUAACUAUUGAUUAUGAGGCCAAACGUGUGUAUUGGGCUGAAGCCAAGUUUAAUUUUAUUUCUUCAAUGGAUUUUUCGGGAAGCAAUCAAAAAGUGGUUGUCAGCGACAAUAUGCCGCAUCCUUUUGCUAUUACUAUGAUUCACGACAUUAUCUAUUGGACUGAUUGGACUACAAAAGCUAUUCAUUCUUUUAACAAAAAUACACGACAACGAAGAAGAAUAAUAAGCGGACAGUUGUCUCCAAUGGGUAUUCAUGUUUACUCAUCACAGCGUCAAUUGCCGUCUGAGACACCCUGUGAUCAGGAGAAUGGAGGCUGUUCUCACCUCUGUUUAUUGUCUUCUAUAUCGCCAUUUUACUCAUGCGGUUGUCCGACAGGUGUUCAGUUACUUUCUGAUCUCAAAACAUGUGCCACCGGUCCUCAAGAGAUACUAUUUUUAGCCCGAAGAGUUGAUAUAAGACGUAUUUCAUUGGAUACACCAGAUUUCACUGAUGUUAUUCUUCCCUUAAGACACAUUAAACACGCUAUUGCUGUUGAUUUUGAUCCGGUCGACAAAAUGAUUUACUGGACUGACGAUGAAGUUCAUGUCAUUAGAAGAGCUUAUUUGAAUGGUUCUCAUCAAGAAGAUAUAGUGGCCACUGAAGUACAUCAUCCCGACGGAAUUGCCAUUGACUGGAUUGCACAUAACAUUUAUUGGACAGACACGGGUACCGAUCGUAUAGAAGUAGCCCGACUUAAUGGCACAUUUAGAAAGAUAUUGUUAACUGAAGGACUUGAAGAGCCCCGAGCUAUUGUCGUUCAUCCCAUCGAGGGAUUUAUAUUUUGGUCUGAUUGGGGGACAAAACCAAAGAUAGAAAGAGCAGCACUCGAUGGUACACAACGUAGUGUUAUUAUUAACAGAGAUUUGGUUUGGCCUAAUGGUUUGGCCAUUGAUUAUGAUUUAUCCAAAAUUUAUUGGUCAGACGCUAAAACAGAUAAAAUAGAGAAAUCAAAUUUUGACGGCUCUGAACGUAAAAUUAUAGUCUCGGAUCAAAUACCUCAUGUAUUUGGCUUUACUCUACUUAAUGAUUAUGUCUAUUGGAGUGAUUGGCAAAAGAGAUCCAUUGAAAGAGUUCAUAAAAUUACUGGACAACAAAGAGAGAUAAUUGUCGAUCAAUUACCUGAUCUCAUGGGACUAAAAGCAGUUGCCGUCAAUCGAAUUAUAGGAACAAAUCCCUGUGCUGUUAAUAAUGGAAAUUGUAGUCAUUUAUGUCUGUAUAGACCAAAACAGAAUUAUGUGUGCGCCUGUCCUAUGGGUUAUGAAUUAUCUACAGAUAUGCAAACUUGUAUAGUUCCCGAAGCUUUCUUACUAUUUUCCCGUAAAACCGAUAUUCAUAGGAUUUCAUUAGCAUCGCAUCAUUUGGAUAUAAUACCAAUUGCCGGCGUUCAAGAAACUACAUCUUUUGAUUAUCAUUUAAACGAUAAUCGAAUUUAUUGGACAGAUGUCAAGCUUAAGACAAUUAACAGAUCAUUUAUGAAUGGAAGUAAUAUUGAACACAUCAUUGAAUAUGGAUUAGAAUAUCCACAGAGUUUGGCUGUUGAUUGGGUGGCAAAUAAUGUUUAUUGGACUGACACUGAAUUCAAUAGGAUUGAAGUUUCCCGAUUGGACGGUCAUUACCGUAAAAUUCUUAUUUGGAAAGAUUUGGAAAAUCCUCGCUCUAUAGCACUCAGUCCUGGCGAAGGACUUAUGUUUUGGAGUGAUUGGUCACCGAUUGCCCGCAUUGAACGGUCAGCACUCGACGGAACUCAACGACAUGUUAUUGCUAACAAUAUCGGUAAAGCCAACAGUUUAACCAUUGAUUAUAGUGAACACAGACUAUAUUGGAUAGACAUUGAAUCACAUAAGAUAAUGUCCUCAUCACUUGAUGGCAACAAUAGGAAUGUCAUUUUGAAAGAAUCUUUAAGACAACCGUAUACUUUAACUGUAUAUCAAAAUUAUGUUUAUUGGGCCGAUUGGGAAACUAAUACUAUUGAGAAGGCCAUAAAAUCCAAUGGUUUAAAUCGGACUCAAAUACAAACUCAAUUGGAUUAUGUGAUAGAUUUAAUGGUUUAUCACAAUUCUCGACAAUCCGGUUGGAAUCCCUGUGCUGUUAAUAAUGGAGGCUGUGAUCAUCUAUGUCUAGCUCUUCCCGGUAACAAUCAACGGGCUAAUACACAUCGCUGUUUAUGUUCAUCACAUUAUAUCCUUAACGAUGACAACAAGACAUGUUCCGCUCCACAAAGUUUUUUACUUUAUAGUCAACGAAAUGCUAUCACACGAUUAGUAAUGGACACAAUAAUUGACGCGCCAGACAUAACACUUCCCAUUCAUAAUCUUAAGAAUAUUAAGGCAAUUACUUAUGAUUCCUACGAAAACGUUGUUAUUUGGAUAGAUAGCCGAACUUCGGCUAUCAAAAGGGCUAAUAUUAACGGCACUGGAAUGGGUGUCAUUUUACCCGCUUCUCAGGAUACUAACCAGCCGUUUGAUAUAGAAGUUGAUCCAUAUUCUAGAGUUAUAUACUGGUCAUGUAGUCACAGUAACUCAAUUAAUGCCACCCGUCUUGAUGGCACAAACAUUGGCGCCAUUGUUAGCGACCAAUUAAAUAGACCGCGAACACUAUCAUUGCAUUAUAAGAAAAGAUUCUUGUUUUGGGUCAAUGAUAUAAGUCCUCCGAAAAUUGAAAGACUUUCCAUUCUUGGAUUGAUUGGUACGACUAUAGCUGAAAGUAAAUUAGACGAAGUCUCUGCUCUGACAGUUGAUGUCGAUCUCGACUUAAUAUAUUGGGCUGAAAGUAGUCGUCAAAUCAUUGAGUGUUCAACUCUUGACGGCGAUAAUAGACAUACAAUAAGUCAAUCUAGUAUUAUGCACCCGAUAUCGAUGGUUGUCUUUGACAACUACUUAUACUUAAUAGAAAGGGAACAAAAAGUCAUCGAAAGAAUUCAUAAAUUAGCAGAAUCUGGAAAAGAGACGGUUUAUAGUCGGAUACCUAAUCUUACAGAUAUCAUAUCAGUGACUAAAAUCAAUACUAACGUUGUCUCAUGUUUGACCGAUAACGGCGGGUGCUCUCACUUAUGCAUUAUAUUACACACUGAUGGCACUCAUAAGUGCAGUUGUCCUAACGGUAUGAUAUUGUCCAACGAUGAGCACACGUGUAUAACUCCUCCACAUUGUUCAUCGGAUCAGUUUGCGUGUCUCACUGGAAACGUUCACUGUAUUCCUAUUAAUUGGCGUUGUGAUGGUAACCCCGAAUGUCAGGACAAGUCAGAUGAAUUAAAUUGUCCAAAAUGUCUGGAGAAUCAGUUUACUUGUGUUACCAAAAGUGGCGAUAAAUAUAAGACUCAAUGUAUGGAUAAUACACUGCUUUGCGAUAGUGUCGCUGAUUGUAUGGACGGAUUUGACGAACAGUGCUGUGGUUGGGAUCACUUCAAGUGUAAAUCGGGUAGAAAUUGUGUUAAUAUAUAUCAAGUUUGUGACCAAAAGAAUGAUUGUAGCGAUGGAUCAGAUGAAAGUCAGUUGAGUUGUCGACACAAAAUGGAUAGAAUGCCGUUAGAAAUGAACACAUCUCACAAUCACCAAAAACCAAUGUAUAUAUUGGUUGUAUUGAUCUCACUGUUCGUAUUUGUCGUAUUGUUUUUACUGAUGUGUCGCUGUCGUAAAAAGAAUCAAACCUACGAUGAGAAAGACUAUGGCGCUAAUGAUAUGCUUAUGAGUCCUCAAAGACCACUCACCUCUCAAUCUAAUGAUAUUCGUACCAACACUUUGUUGUCGGGAUCUGAGAACACAUUAGGAAAACGUAUGACAAUAAAUGGCAAUUUUGGUAUUUGUCCAACACUUCAACAAUGCGGUGACACACUAUAUGAACGUAAUAUUACUGGUGCUUCUUCUACCAGCUCUUCAAUACAAAAUUAUCCUAAAGAGACUCUAAACCCACCUCCAAGUCCGGUAACAGAUCAGUCGCAAUGCAAUUUUGACGGCAGUUCCAGUUCAUCUAUAGCUCACUCUCGAAGUUCCAAAUAUGCCAUUCUUCAGCAUCGAAGUAAAAAGAACCGUUGGAUUAACAGAUCGAGAGGACCACCACCGACACCAUGCAGUACUGAUGUCUAUGAAGACAGUGACACUGCUAUUAAAUAUACUGCCUAUUAUGACAAUACUCAAGCAGAACUCGGCUACGACUCGGAUCCAUACCCUCCUCCACCAACACCGAGAAGUCAUUACUUAUCCGAUUUAAGUGGUCCUCCAUCACCAGUUACUGAACGAAGUUAUAGUAAUAAUCCAUAUCCUCCGCCGCCAUCACCUGUUCCUGAAUUAGAUACCUCUGAAAUCACUUAACUUUUAUUUAUUUAUGAAAUUAUUUUUGUAAUAUAUUUUGUAUAUUUAUAAUGUAUUUAAUAAUUUUAAUG